AUGACUAAACCAAAAAGGACUGUAGCUUCAGCACGCAAAUCCGUGUUCACGUCUGGACUCGGACAAAUACCCACGAUUGGACCCGGGGAGAUACCCGAACUAUCACCACCAGAGAAGGCGGGACUCAAAACCAAAAACAUUGCAAGGGAACGCUGGAAGAAGAAGAAGGACGACCGAGCUAUAAAGACUAUGUCGAGACUAUCAAGACACGAACGUCAAAUGAGGUCGAGAGUGCUUAAAUCAGUGAAUCCAUCCGUUAAUUCACCCCCUGUGCCGGAACCAUCUACCCCUGAACCAUCAACUACAGUGCCAUCGCCGUUUGUUUCUGAGCUGGAAGAGAUAAAGGAUUUUAUGAUUGGAAAUUAUCAUAUCUCGUUGCAGGUGGGUCUUCCCAUGACUGAGGCCACUGCGUUUGGAAACCUAAUUAGAACCAACCUUGAAAUCCCUGACCUAGCCAGAGAGGCCUCAAGAGAUGUCAACACUAUGGUGACUAGGUUUAAUGCAAAUAGUGACCAUCGCGUCUUUAAUUUAUUUGUUCACCUGGGUCAUUUGUCUUUCACAUUACGGGAACUAGGCGAGUCGUUGCUGAAAGUGGACGACAAAAUCGAGUUCAAGAAACAAUUGAUAGAGGGAAUUCUCUUUUUUGUGGAGCAUAUGUCUUCUUUGAGCGAUAAGCUCAAUUCCGAGGGAAUUCGAGAAACAUUUAGAGACUUAGAAGAUCAAUAUUUGACGACUGGCCAUGGGUUGUCAAAGCGUGCUUUAGUCAGGGCGCAGAAGUUGGCACUCUUGUUACCUGACACAAUUCAGGGCACGAUCAAGAACAUCAUGAUGUUUCGCACGCCUAAAGUUAGACUAGCUGCUGAUGACGGUUCUGCUAUUUGUAUUGUUUCGCUUAAUGGGACACCAACAAAAAAAAAAGUCUCCUCUCAUUCUCAUCUCUAUCCGGCGCUCACACUCUUCUUUCUCUCAGCUUCAUUUUCUCAUCGUGGACUUCUCAUUGAGAAUUGA